AUGAAGACGUUGUGUAGAUGUGCACAGACAUGCCGUUCAUGGAAUGUGCUGGCACUUGACGGUUCGAAUUGGCAACGGGUCGACUUAUUCACGUUUCAAAAGGAUGUCAAGGCAGCCACCGUUGAAAACUUGGCUCGUCGUUGUGGUGGUUUCCUGAAGAAGCUUUCACUGAAGGGAUGUGAAAAUAUACAGGAUUCGGCAUUACGGUCUUUCACAGCUAAGACAUGCGAAAAUCUUGGGAGGCAUUGCCAUAAAUUGGUCCAUUUGAAUCUGGAGAACUGUACAGCGAUUACCGACCGAGCGCUUAGGUAUAUAAGUGACGGAUGUUCAAAUCUGCAGUAUUUGAAUAUCAGUUGGUGUGACAAUAUCCAAGAUAAAGGCGUCCAAAUGAUAUUAUCUGGCUGCAAAGGUCUGACCACUCUCAUCAUGAAAGGAUGCGAGGGAUUGACAGAGCAAGUUUUCGCUAACUCGAUCGAUAACAUGAAAAAUUUGGAAGUGAUCAAUUUGUUGUCAUGCUUCGUGAACGACGAGACAGUAGCCCAUAUUGCUCGUGGAAGUCCUCAUCUACAAUAUCUUUGUCUGUCUAAUUGUACACAAAUCACUGAUCGGUCAUUGAUCUCAUUAUCACAGGGAUGUAAAAUGCUAACAGACAUCGAGCUGUCUGGUUGCAGUCUUCUUUCGGAUGCCGGAUUCAUUCAGCUGGCUAGGCACUGUAAAAAUUUAGCGCGUAUGGAUUUGGAGGAUUGUAGUCUGAUUACAGACGCGACGAUUCACUCGCUUAGCACCAAUUGUAGUAAUCUGUCAGAAUUGAGCCUUUCUCAUUGUGAGCUCAUCACGGACGAGUCAAUUCAUUGCCUUUGCACCAACAACAAAGAAAAGUUGCAGGUUCUGGAGCUGGACAAUUGUCCACAGAUCACGGAUUCGGCCCUUUCCCAUAUGAGGCACGCGAAGGCAUUGAAACGUAUCGACUUGUAUGACUGUCAGAAUGUUUCGAAGGAAGCCAUUCAGAGUUCAAGCAUCAUCGACCGCACGUGGAAAUUCAUGCAUACUUUGCCCACCACACACCACUAUCAGCUACGGCCAGCAGGUCUCUGCCGGUGUUGUGCCAUCUUAUGA